ACAGUACAGACUUUUAAUCUGGUAUUCACAGACACCAGCCGACGGUUAUCAUUGUACGACGUCCUUUGUCUUUACGCAACUCGUCAAUCAGAACGAUGUCGUGUGAUAUAAAUCUAAAUCCAUUGUCUAAGUGGUUCAAAGAUCCCGCCGAUUUAUUUACAACCAUUUAAACAACAACACUGCGACACUGGUUUAUGGGUAUGAAUAAAUUCAAACCGUUUCUAUAAAGAAGACCAGAAUACAAUUGCAGCAUGUCGAUAGAACAACUUAAAGAAGAUCAAAUAGCAGAGUUUAAGGAAGCAUUCAGUCUGUUUGACAAAGAUGGCGACGGUACGAUCACAUCUAAGGAACUAGGAACAGUGAUGAGAUCUUUAGGCCAACAUCCAACAGAGUCGGAUCUCAAAGACAUGAUUAAUGAAGUAGACACCGAUGGUAACGGUACGAUAGAUUUCCCAGAAUUCUUGUCAAUGAUGGCAAGACAGGUUCGGGAUGGCAACGAAGAUGAGGAGCUCGUAGAGGCGUUCCGAGUGUUUGACAAGGAUGGUAAUGGGUUUAUCAGCGCAUCCGAACUCCGACACGUCAUGCUCAGCCUGGGUGAGAAGCUUACGGAUGAGGAGGUGGAUGAAAUGAUCAAGGAAGCGGAUUCUAAUGGCGACGAACAAAUCGACUAUAAUGAAUUUGUGAGUAUAAUGUUAAAACCGAAAUGAUAUGGAGGAACGAAGAGGAGUUCUUAAUUUACACAAAUACAUACAUUUGGAAAUAUCAACAUUUUAUACAGACUAAGGGACAUCAGUAUGUGAUGUAUACAUGAUACAAUGUGAAUACAGAUGUUUGGAGAGAUGCUAGAUAUUCAAUACGUCACAAACAUUACGUCGACGUUGACGUCAUCAAUAACCACCAGAGUCUUCAUAUCUUCGUAUACUUAAUCAGGUGAAGUUACCGGUGUACACUGUAUUUUCCAUACUUGACAAGACUUUGAUGACAGGAAUCAGUCCAUUCAAUUGAUGUAUGCAUAUCAUAUUAAAACAUUCUUUUCAAAUAUUUA